AUGAAUCCUAGAUUCUACUUUGAAAUGCGUGUUUCAAAAUGCUAUUUACAGGUAGUUAUGCUUCCAGCCACUCAUUUCCACCGAUUAGCACGGCAUUUGAACCUACAAUCAAGCCGAAACACCUGGGUACUGAGACGUGUGUUUCAACCAGAAGUGACGCCUCCAGGUGGUAUUCAAAAGAAUCCAAACGAUUUUCACGAUUAUCAGAAGUACGAAGUCGUUGAAUUUGAAACACAAAAGCCCGCCGGCCCUAUCAAAGUUAUUCUACUCCAGGACGUUGAAGGUAUUGGGCACCAAUUCGAUGUAGUUAGUGUGGACCGAACUCUUGCACGAAAAGACUUGCUUCUCUCCAAAAAAGCUGUAUAUGCAUCACCUUUUGAUCUGAAACACUAUGCUGAUAUGAAAACGCGAAUGGCUGAUGAAUUGGCCUCCCGUAUCAGGAUUCCAUAUGAGCUGAAAGUUGUUGGCAGAGAUUUACAAAAAAUGGUUGUGCCAGUCAAAGUUAACAUGGAAAACGAAUGGACAAUCGACAAAAAACUUGUCAAGAGUUCUCUUCGUCAAAUGGGUGUUUUUGUAGCCGAAAAUACAAUAUUUCUUGCCUCAAAACCCAUUUCUGGACCGAAUUUCGACAUUGAAGCCAAAUUAUUCCGAUUUUAUAUUGUCGUAAACCAACAGUAUAUUGUACCGAUGUUAGGAAGAAUUACACAUAUUUCGGUGGAUGAAUCCAAACAGAUGAUUUCACCUGCCCUGACAACACCUCGCGACGAAGAACUGGCUCGAUACCACAUUCGUAAAGAAUUCCCACUGUACAGUAAAAGCAACGAUUCCACUGAAGAUUUCCCUGUUUUUGAGCAUAUGAAGGAACAUGCCCCGACAACAUCACAAUAA